GGGUGUGGUGGUGGGGGAUGGAACACAUGGCAGCCUCUCACCUUAUGCGAAGAGUGACUACUCCAGCAAACUAAAACCAGAAAGGAUGUUGUUACAAUUGACAUGGUAAAACGUCAAGACAGACAAUGAUGAGUAUGAAAUUACCUUGGUACUACCUACUGUCUCGGCUGACCAUCCAAGCUUCUCAGAAUGGUUUUCAGUUUAGGACUUGGCUUCCUCUCAGUUUCGCCUGGGAGCCUCAGGGAGGGUUGGAAGCUCUGGUUUAAGGUGCCUAUCCAACCACGGCGGCCUCCAACAUGGAGGCUGCCAAUGCGACCAUGGGAGGGUCAGCAGCCUACAACAGACAUCUUAAUCGGUUAACAGAACCUGAGGAUUUCUGGCUAUUGUUGAGACACGACAGUGGUACGGCCCUUGUUGAUAUUUGCGUGAGGAACAAUCAUGACACAACGGCAACCCCUAUCUUUCUGCCGCAGGCCUUUGUAGCUUCCUUUGUCAUCCUCUUGGUAUCGCUUAUUCUUAAACCUCUAGGCUAACCUCUAGUAGUUUCCCAAAUCUUGGUAUAUUUCAAUCUCAAUCUUCAUCUGUUUGUUUGCAUUGAAUGAUGACAUAUAUGCGUGAUGAUUUGUUUUCUAAAUUAUUCUCCAGGGUGGUUUUAUUAUAGGACCAACACUUUUGGGGAGGUUGAGUUUUGCAAAAGAUUUAUUAUACCCAGAAAGUAGCUUUCCUAUGCUUGAUGUGUUUGGAGUAACGGGGAUCAUGUUCUGCUUCUUCCUAAUUGGGGUGCAAAUAGACCCAUGGGUUGUAAAGACUACUGGGAGGAAAGCCUUUAUUAUAGGUAUCUCAACUGCUGUAGUUGCCUAUCUCCUACCUGCAAUUGGUGUUUUCUUUGUACCUGAGCUGGUUAAAAUGGUGGAGACACCAUCCAUCUUGAUUACUGUGGCAAUCUAACAAUGGCGGGGACAACAUUCACCUUCCCCACCAUCGCUCGAUACCUCUAUGAGCUUAACAUCUUAAGUUCAAAGUUUGGACGCAUGGCUCUCUCUUCGUCGAUCAUAGGUACCUUAUUUAACUACUUUUACCAGGCAAUUUUAAGGUUCCGUUCAGUUGAGAAAAAGGAACCUGUGAUACUAACAAUGGCUGCGAAUGUGAUUUUCAUGGUGGUCAUCAUUUAUGUCAUCCAGCCAGUAGUCUUAUGGGCUCUCAGGUGGAGAAGGGAAGGGGUAUCAUUAAAUUUGGGACGCCUCUAUGCCAUCUUUGUUGCAGUUUUGGUGACUGGGUUACUAAGUCAUGCCAUUAACAGGGAUGUUAUAUUUGGGCCUUUUAUACUGGGCAUAACUUUGCCAACAGGGCCACCUUUGGGGACAGCACUAGUUGACAAGCUUGAGUUCAUUACCUCAUGGAUAUUUAUGCCAUUAUACUUCCUCAAAUUUGGAUUGGGAAUCAAUGUCUUCACUACCAUUGUCAACAGCGUAGAUACUUGGGCUUGGCAUGUCAUCAGUAUCGGUUCAAUCGGGAAGUUUUUGAGAGCCUUUAUAUCUUCAAGAUUAUGCAGGAUACCCGUGCGAGAUGCUAUUGCACUCGGCCUUGUCAUGAAUGUCCAAGGAGUUGUUGAGCUCGGCAUUUUCAAAGCCUUGAGAAGAAAUAGGCGUUUACUGCCUGCAGUCUACGUAGUGUUGUGCACCACUCUACUGGUCGUAACAUGGACUGUCACAAUUAUGCUAAGAGCACUAUACAAAUCUUCAUCAUCAAAGUGGUACCGAGUUAGCAACAGAAGAACCAUUUCAGACACCAAACCCAACACUGAGCUCCGAAUACUUGCGUGUAUUCACAAAGAACACAGUGUACCACUAAUCAUCGAUGUCAUUGAGGCAUCCAAUCACUCCAUAAGAAACCCUAUUGGGCUCUAUGUUCUUCAUCUUGAGGAGCUUGUUGGCCGUUCUGACCCCAUCCUAAUCUCUCAUAGUGCCAGAGGAUCCAGGAAUCCUGUUUUCAGUGUUUCCCACACUUCUACUAAUGUUAAUGCCCCGGUACUCUCUGAAUGCAUCGUCAAUGUCUUUCAACGCUAUGAGCAGGAGAACAAUAACGGAAGCAUCUCAGUGCAGUCCUUCACCGCAAUCUCGCCUUACAAUAGCAUGCAUGAUGAUGUUUGCACACUUGCUCUUGAGAAGAGGACAUCCCUCAUUAUCAUUCCCUUCCACAAGCUAAGGUCUUGCGCCCAUGGCCAUUUGGAGUCAUCAUCAUCAUCAGGUACAGGUAUUAGGACCAUGAACAUAAAUGUCCUUGAGAACUCCCCUUGUUCGGUGGCAAUCCUCAUUGAAGGUGGGCUCUGGAGCAGCUCUAAGGUUAAACUGGCAAAUUGGACUUCAUGCCGGGUUCUUGUGUUGUUCUUGGGUGGUGCUGAUGACCGUGAGGCACUAGCCUAUGGGGCUCGGAUGUGCAGACACCCAAACAUUAACCUUACUGUGGUUCGCUUGGUUGCAAACUCCCCCUCAAACAUUGGAACCAGCAAAGAGAGGAAGUAUGAUGAAUAUGCAGUAAAUGAGUUUAAGCACAAUAUGGCAGCUAAUAAGCAAGUUAGAUACAUUGAGGAGCUGGCAAUGGAUGGGUCUAACACUAUUAGUGUGAUCAGGUCGAUAGAGAGUGAUUACCAACUUAUAGUGGUAGGAAGACGUCACGAUGAACGGUCGCCACUCAUAUCUGGACUUACAGAAUGGAUAGAGCACAACGAGUUAGGGAUGAUCGGCGACAUAUUGGCAUCAUCAGAGUUUAGUGAUGCCAGUAUCUUGGUAGUGCAAACCCAGUCCAAUGAAGAAGUACUACAAGGUUCAAGUGAUUAUCAAGAUCCUUUUAUCCAGACUAUGUGUAGCAGAUUAGAUGAUGACGUAGAAAAUCCAAGAAAAGAAUUGAGAACACGCAGAGGGUGACAUUGGAUUGUUGUAUUCUCUCCACAUUGUUAUGUAUGAAAUUCGGGCAGGUAUAAUCUACAGCCCAUUUAUAAUUACUUCACCUUCUUUUCUUUUACAGAUUGUUGGUUUUUCUUGUUGGGUGUAACAAUCCUUGUGUGAAUCGCUUUGAAUCGUUUGGACUAUCUUCAAGUGAUGUUUUGCAUUGCUCUUUCAAUAUGGUAGUUGAUACAAGAAGGAGAAAGUUUGAUCUGUUGGUUUUGAUGGAAUUUUGAAAUUUGGCUCCAAAGUUAGAUGCCUCGCAGGCAAGUAUCAUGGACUGAAAGGUUGUGGAUUCUGUUGACAGGAUACAACUUUCUUGCAAAGCUGACGACCCUGGUUUUGGCUCUGUUUGGUUGCGAGGGAAAUUGAAGGGAAUGGAAGGGAAGGGAAGGGGAGGGAAGUGAAAAUUUUCAAACCUAAAAAUGAAACUUGUGAUCUUUGCUUAACGUGAUUGUAUGAACUACUUAAAUUUCUUAUCAGAUUUAGUAAUGUUACUUUUUGGAUGUUCAUUUUAUUUUA